CGUUUACAUCAAUCAGCGCUCACUGCCCGCUCCCUGGAGCCGGUAUAUAUAUCCCCUAUCCUCGGCACUACCUUCAUUCUAAAGAACAACACACAGUACAGCAAUGGCUCUAACACAGCUACUGGUCACGCUGCUCAUAGGAACCUGUUCUGUUUACGGCCAGAAUAGGCUCCCUUGGUUAUGGAGAGGCUUCCCGACCUGUCCACACUUGAUGUGUGAGCCUAUUCCCGUGGAUAUGCCAGAAUUCUGCAUUAUUCCAGGCAGCCUGAUGUUCCAAGGAUGGUCGCUCUGCAAGAGUUGCGAUAUUAUUUACUCUGAAUGCUUACCCGAAAACUUACCAAGACAACCUGCUGGUGGUCCAUCAAGUGUGGGAUCAACCGUUCUGAAAUCUGGAAACCCCAGACAACAAAAUGAGGUUCCACCGUGCGUCCAUGUGUCCUGUCCGUCUUUUGCCCAAAUCAACAAAUCGUGUAUCAGGGAGGGGUCGAUUAUUGAGUUUGAGGGCGCUCAAUGCAGGGAUUGUGAUUACGUAGACCCGUUCUGUGAGGGUCUGAAUCUGGACAUCUGCCAGAAUCACAUCGUAGACUGCACCGGUGUACCCAAAUCAGCACCCAAGAAGUGUAUAGAACAGAGCGUCAUUCAGUUUAACAACAAUCCAUGCUUGUCCUGUCCAUUUCUGAAAACCGAGGACCCAGAAUGCAAUACACCAGACUUAAGGAGAUGUCCGGGAUUAAAAUGUGCCGACUUGUCUCAGGUAUCUAGCGCAUGCGUAAAGGAGGGACGUAUGGUCAGGCUCGGUUCCUCACAAUGUCACCUCUGUCCAGAGAUAGACACACAAAAUCCAGCUUGCAACCCACUAUCUGCCGCACCAAAACGUAGCCUAACACCAGUGUCGCUGUGUCCCAACUCUUAUUGUCCACCGCUGGCCGGAAUUCCACAGAAUUGUAUCACCGAAGGGGAGCUAUCCAGCUACGAGGGAACACCCUGUCGCAAAUGUGCAGUCAUUGAUCCAUUCUGUCCCGGUUUAAACCUACAGAUUUGUCAAAACCACAUUCUAGACUGUUGGGGUGCUCCAACAAAUACUCCCAAUAGAUGCAAGUCUCAAUCCGUCAUCAGUUUUGGAAACAGAGCUUGUUUAACAUGUCCUUAUUUCAAAACAGAAGAAGCCGGAUGCAUAGAAGAGUCCUACAAUAUGUGUCCCGGAAUUCAGUGCUCGGAAGUCCGAGGGGUCCCGUAUCGUUGUUUGAGACAACCCUCCCAACUCUCGGGAUCACAGUGCGCCACAGAGUGUCCAUCCAGAGUAAUGGCUCCUGGAUGUCCAAUGCCGCCGAGGAGGCCGCCACAAGCGCUACCAGCCACACCGGCACCACCUACACCAAGAGCGCCAACUCGUCCAUUCAAUCCACAACUGUGCCCAGCCCUUAUGUGUCCCGAUAUGCCUAGAAAUGUCCCCGAAUCUUGUCUCAGACCCGGAGUCAUCAUGGGAAUGAACGGCCAAGAAUGUCCCGGAUGUCCACAGGUCGACCCCGCCUGUCAGCUGGAACAAUUGGAUAUCUGUGAGAACCUGCUCCCCACGUGCGGACAGGUGCCACAGGGACUUCCAGCGAGGUGCUACGACCAGAGCACCGUGUCUUACAACGGUCGGCGCUGUUUGACGUGUCCUGAGGUUCGCCCGAUGUGCAGGCGCUCCACUGUCCUGACCUAACUCUAUAGAACGUUUUCAAAUUUCAAUCAAAGAAAUCCAGUGUUCAUGCACAAAAUAAUAUUUCAUUUACAUGUACCCAUUUUUUACUUCAAUGUAAUUGUCAUAACUUACAUUGUUUUUUAUUUAUAUGUUAGUUUUAAUUUUUAAGGCGAUUUGUAAUACAUUUUUUUUACUGUAAUAAAUACUUUAUAAAAUAUCAAAA